CAGGUCGACGGCAUCAUUGAGUCGUUAACGAAUCUUCGCUGUUCGAAAAGCAACAGCGGGCCCAAAUCUCGCAAAUCUGCGAUGGCGAAGGCCCCGACCCCGAUCUGAGUUCUCCCAUCGGCCGCGCUAUAUAAGAGGUCCUCCUCCUCCUCAAUUCCUUUGUCUACCCGCGGCUUUCCAUCUUCCUGUUUUCCUUCGAUAAGGAGAAGAUCCGCUAGCCUGUCCGCAUUCCCUUAGAAAAGGUUGGCUCUCAUUUCUUUUGAUUGGAGUUAGAAGAAAUUGAAAAAUGGCUGAUGGUGAGGAGAUCCAACCUCUCGUUUGUGACAAUGGAACUGGAAUGGUGAAGGCUGGAUUUGCUGGUGAUGAUGCUCCUAGAGCUGUGUUUCCUAGCAUUGUUGGCCGACCUCGCCACACCGGCGUCAUGGUUGGUAUGGGCCAAAAAGAUGCCUAUGUAGGUGAUGAGGCUCAGUCCAAAAGAGGUAUACUCACGCUUAAGUACCCGAUUGAGCACGGUAUUGUUAGUAACUGGGAUGACAUGGAGAAGAUCUGGCAUCACACUUUCUAUAAUGAGCUCCGUGUUGCUCCUGAGGAACACCCUAUGCUUCUUACUGAAGCCCCUCUGAACCCCAAGGCCAACAGAGAGAAAAUGACCCAAAUUAUGUUUGAAACCUUUAAUGUUCCCGCCAUGUAUGUUGCAAUUCAGGCUGUUCUCUCCCUUUAUGCCAGUGGUCGCACUACCGGUAUUGUGCUUGAUUCUGGUGAUGGUGUGAGCCACACAGUUCCAAUUUAUGAAGGAUAUGCCCUUCCACAUGCCAUCCUCAGGUUAGAUCUUGCCGGUCGGGAUCUCACUGAUGCUUUAAUGAAGAUUCUUACAGAGAGAGGGUAUUCCUUCACCACAACUGCAGAGCGAGAAAUUGUUAGAGAUGUGAAGGAGAAGCUUGCUUAUAUUGCCCUUGAUUAUGAGCAGGAGCUGGAAACAGCCAAGACCAGCUCUGCUGUGGAGAAGCAGUAUGAGUUGCCUGAUGGUCAGGUGAUCACAAUCGGCGCCGAGAGAUUCCGCUGCCCCGAAGUUCUCUUCCAGCCAUCGAUGAUUGGCAUGGAAGCUGCCGGCAUUCAUGAGACCACAUACAACUCAAUCAUGAAAUGUGAUGUGGAUAUCAGGAAGGAUUUGUAUGGCAAUAUUGUUCUUAGUGGUGGCUCAACUAUGUUUCCUGGAAUUGCAGAUCGUAUGAGCAAAGAAAUCACAGCCCUUGCACCCAGCAGCAUGAAGAUUAAGGUUGUUGCACCACCUGAACGAAAAUACAGUGUUUGGAUUGGUGGCUCCAUUCUUGCUUCGCUCAGCACCUUCCAACAGAUGUGGAUUUCUAAGGGAGAGUAUGAUGAAUCAGGCCCCUCAAUAGUCCACCGAAAAUGCUUCUAAGUUCCCAUUCUUGGCUAUAUAUCUUCAGAAUCUUCAGGUGUUCUUUGUCUUUUAUUUCUUGCUGUUAUGUGAGCUCCAUUUGUUUGAGGUUGUGGAACUAUCUACGGAUAUGCUAAAUUUUCUUCUAAAAUGUAUCUGUACUUCAGUAUUUCGUAUUACAAGAUUUCUCCUUAAGCUGUUCUUAUUUGCUGCCAUAGGCCACUUUUUAUUAUUCCUGUUAUGUAGAGAGAAGUGUAAGACAGUGUGAUGGAGAAAUUAACUAUUUCUAUUCCA